UUAAAUUAAGCGCACCCUUCAUCCUCUUCCAUCAACCCUAGCCGUCACAAUGGCGCCCAAGUUGGACCCGUCCCAAAUAGUCGACGUCUACGUAAGGGUGACCGGAGGAGAAGUCGGCGCAGCCUCUUCCCUCGCCCCCAAAAUCGGUCCCCUUGGCCUCUCCCCGAAGAAGAUCGGUGAGGACAUCGCCAAGGAGACCGCCAAGGACUGGAAGGGUCUCCGCGUUACCGUCAAGCUUACCGUCCAGAACCGUCAGGCUAAGGUGACCGUGGUUCCCUCCGCCGCCGCGCUGGUCAUCAAAGCUCUCAAGGAGCCCGAGCGCGACCGCAAGAAGACCAAAAACAUUAAGCACAACGGCAAUAUCUCCCUCGACGACGUGAUCGAGAUUGCCAAGGUCAUGAGAUCUAGAUCCAUGGCCAAGGAUUUGAGUGGAACCGUGAAGGAGAUUUUGGGGACUUGCGUCUCCGUUGGCUGUACGGUCGACGGGAAGGAUCCUAAGGAUCUGCAGCAGGAGAUCACCGAUGGAGACGUCGAGACAGACUAAAACCUAAAGCGUUCGAUGGCCAAGCAUGUUAACUUAUUGAGUUGUAGGUUUGAAGUUGCGCCGCAGCUGAUUGUUCUUCCUCGUCGCCACUCCACCCCUCCUAGGCUGGAGACCAUUGCAGAGGAGGAGUCUCAUCAAAUCCCUUCUCACCAACAUCUCAUAAACGAAGUAGCUUCGUCCCCCUAAUUUUGUUCUCUUUCCACUUUUUUUGGUUAUAAAUUAAUGGCAUAUGCUAUUGCUUCA